AUGAAAGAUUGGAACGAAAGCACUGCCUUAACUAGAGAAGAACGAAAAGCUCUUUCAGCCUUCAUCAAAGAACUAUCCAAUGUCUGAGGGUCUUUUACCGAUUUUGGACUUCAAAAGCAACCACAAGCUGAAGAAUCAAAAAGCCAACAUUCUCAGGACGCAAAGGUAGAACCAAAGGAAGAAAGCAAACAGACUACCAUUGAUGAAGAAGUCCAACAGCAAAAUGACAGAAAAGCACAAAAAAUCAAAGCGCUAGACCAGUCUGGACAAAUCAUCAACACCUGGAAAGAUACUUCAAAAAUCAACAAAUCAAUCCAAGUGCACAUGAAGAAAGUGGAUACUUCGGAGAAGAACUUGUUCGAAACCACCAAAGGCUUCAGAGACACAUGUGUGUUCUACGUCAAGAAGAACAACAACCUCACCAAACUCAUCAAUGGGUUCGAAGCUAACCUUGCAUACUACAUGAGUUAUGAUGAACUGACUAAAGAGUCGAACCAAGUCAUGGAGAACCUUGAAGAGGACCCGAAAGCCUUCUUGAGCUUUGUAAGCAAGAUCAACCAUUCUCUGAAAUACUUCAAAAGGAACUUUGACUACAAAGGCAGCGAGACCUACCGAGAACGGUACCAGACUCUUUACAACAACACCAUCAACUUCAUCGUGAAGCACAUUCUGGAGUGACUCAGAGAGACCCACGACAAGAUCUUGGUCAAUUUCUUGAAAGUUCUGGAGUAUGUCAAGUCCAACGAAGAGGCUCCCGACAACUCAAUGGUCAAGACCAUUGCAGACAUCGACUUGGACCUGUUGUAUUAUACCCAGUCUAGCUGAAGGUACUUCAAAGUCAAAGAAGUCAUUGUUUACUUGGAAGAAGAAAAGGGAGCCGAAAUCGACAGGAUCUACGAGUACUACCUCAGCAAGCGUCAGGCCUUGCUCACGUAUUUGCUCGAUGACCUCUACGUUUACUAUGACGAAUCGUACAGUUUGUCCCAGACAUUCUCUUCGUUGUUGACUUAUCUGAAGACUUUGCUGAGUCAGGAGUCUACCUUUUUCUACGCUCAUUUCGCAAUGGUGCCUAAGAAGUACCAUGAGUUCCAGUUCUUUAUUGAAGAGUCUGUAUUGCAGUUUCUGCAGCAGAUGAUUCAGAGAGAACAAUCUUUCGAAGAGAUUGCACUCAGCAGCGAUAUCUCAGCUGACUUGAUGGAGAGGUCACUCAACAACAGAAGCAAACGCAAAGUCAUUGGCAGGGCUCACUCUGACGCUCACCGAACCAACAUCACACAAACAUUCAUUGUAAAACUUCAGAAGUCGAUUGAUGAGAAGUUGUCCACUCUUGCUCAUUACAAAUUCCUGGACUUCUUUGAUCAUGCUGAGAAUAUUGGAGAAGAAGUCGUCAAGUUCACAGACCAGAUCAUGAAAAGCUAUGAAGCCAACAAGACCAUAGCCUCCCAAGAUGGGGAUGAAUCCCCAAUCAAUGACAAAAUUGAAAUGAUGGUCAAGAAGAGAAGCGCUCUUAGCGUCAAUAAUAUUGUUCUCUGGGGAAGCUUCAGGCUUGAAAUGAUUAACAAAGGUAUGGAACUUGUUGAAAAACUUGAGAAACGAGUCAGCGACUCAGUCUACAAAAAUGUGAUAAAUGAACUAGUCGCCAUCAUCAUCAGAAGCAUACAAUGCUUCAACUCUCCUGAUGCUAAGAUCGAACACUACUUCUUCAUAUACCAGAAUUUACUGAUUCUGAAAUAACCACUUUAAAGACAGCUUAGAAGAAGAGCAGGCUGAACAAGCCAGAAGGGCUCGACUCGAAGAAACCAAGCAAACCACAAACAGAGCCAAGUUCUUCGAUUUCGACGAGAAAGACAAUACGACUCCUGGACUCGAACAGGAGACUUCGGUGAACCCGCUCGAAGUCGGAGACAUGGAUGGAGGCCUUGUUCAUUACCUCUGGGAAACAUUCAGAUACUGGUUUGUAUAUGACUACCAAGAAGUUAAAGAAAACUCACUUAAAAUCAUUGAAGACGAGCUCAAGAAAAUUGCAUGGAACAUCAAAGAAAUCAUCAGCAGAGACAUGAACUUGAAAGAUGACUCCAAAGAAAGCAUGGAGUUCCUUGACAAACUCAGAAUUUAUGUGGAAAGCAUCGACACUCCGAACACAGGCGAAGACCUCAACUACUUGUUCCAACUCGUGCUCAGCUACAAAUAAGUCAGCUUCAAUGA